GUGUGGUUAUUCAUGCACUUCCCUUUCCUCUGAUCUUUAUUAGUUCUGACACUCAAAUCUCACCUCCAAUAGUCCAAACUUGCAGCAGACUCUAAGCUCUACUAUACACCGUCUGGAUUCACAUACAGAUUCCUCACCAGCCAUCAGGAUGUGGGUUAUACUGUUGGGUCUCGCCUCUGCAUUACUGGCCUCCUCGAGAUCAGAAGAUACCACGGCAGUGCGCUCACGGAGCUGCAGCUACGCUGGAGUGUUUCACGUGGAGGGGAGAGAACGCUAUAGUCUGAAGUUUGAUGCGGCCGAGAGCUUGUGUGAGCUUUUAACCUCUUCAUUAGCCAGCCUGGAGCAGGUGGAAAUAGCCUACAAUAAAGGACUACAGACGUGCAGGUAUGGAUGGAUAAACAGCUCAGAGGUGGUGAUACUCCGUCACAUGCCACAUGAAAUGUGUGCUGGCAACCAAACCGGCAUCAUCAUAAUAACUCAAGACAGAGAAAAAUAUGAUGCCUUCUGUUAUGAUGCUACAGAUAUGUCAGAGAAGAACUGCACAGCUAUGAUUGACCCUGAUGGUUUAAACAAAACAGAUGUCUCAGCAUUUACAGAAGUCGCAACACACCGACCAAAUGCUGGAGGGGAAGAUUCUGAAAAUUCAACAUCUGAAAAAACAUUUGUGUCUGUCAUGUUGGUUUGGGUUUUUGUGUUGUUGUCUUUUAUUUUGUAGUUUAGUCCUGUUUCCUAAUUUGUCACGUGAUUCCCUUGCCCUCAUGUAUCUUGCCAUGUACUCCCUUAGUCAAUAGACGUGUUAGACUUCAUGCGCCGCUGCACAAACGAUCGGCGGCUGACUUGAAGCAGUGCAUGCUGGUUAGAAAUUCUGUCCGACUUGUUAUUUCUGUCCGAAUUAUAUUCUUGAACAUAUGGCGCUGUAUUAAGCAGUAUAUGAAAAGGGUUUCCGUUGUUUCAUGAAAACGUUUCUGAAAUGUCUGUGUAUUUGACAAAUAUUGCAUUUAAUUCACUUCAUCUGUGAUAGAGUAUGCAAACACCACGCGAGCAUCACUAUCGGGAGCAGAAAGUGUCUGACUUGAUGUCUCCGGUUUCAAUUCCGCCCCCCAACUGCAAGCGGCUACUCUUGCCGAUUGUUCUGUGCAGCACCGCAUGAAGUCAAACACGCCUAAUAUGUCAUGUUAUGAUUGGUUGAUUAAGUCAUUUGUUUUAAAACACAGUUGUUUCUCAUUGGUGGGAUUGUGUCAUGUGACCUGUAUUGUUUGGUAUAUAGACCUCAUGUUUUCCUUUGUCUCUUUUUGAGUUUUGUUUGUGUAACCACUGUUUGGUGAGUUUGUUCUUGUUCUAGUUCUUGUUUCUCCAAGCCAUGCCAUGCCAUGCCAAGUCUUUGUUAACUGUAUAUUUGCUCACUUUUGGAUAUCAUUAACCUGCACUCGCUUCAGUGAAAUUUGUUACAGU